AUGUCACUCAGGUUUCUAAUGCUGCUCUUUGGCCUGGGUUUGACAGCAGCCAAGCUAACAGGUGAAACAGAAACUGAUGUUGAUGAAGGACAUGACUGGGACAUCUUUAACAUCAAUGAAGCGGCUGGGCUGGACCUGCUGGAGGGAGAUGUCCAACAGGAGGACACAUUCAGCAGAAACUCCAUCAUAGGAGAUGAGUAUCGUUGGCCAACAACUAUUCCCUACUACCUAGAGGACAGUCUGGAUAUGAACGCAAAGGGAGUGAUCCUAAAGGCGUUUGACCAGUACAGACUGAAGACCUGUAUUGACUUCACACCAUGGAAAGGAGAGGAGAACUACAUCUCUGUGUUCAAAGGCAGCGGAUGCUUCUCCUCUGUAGGCAACCAGCAUGUGGGUAAACAGCGGCUGUCCAUUGGUAAAAACUGUGAUCGUCUAGGUACUGUUGAGCAUGAGUUCCUUCACGCUCUUGGAUUCUGGCACGAGCAGUCCAGAGCUGACCGUGAUGAUUACGUCAACAUCAUGUGGGAUCGCAUUGAACCUGGUAAAGAGCACAACUUCAAGACACAUGAUGACACGGUGUCCAGUGCUCUUGGCGUCCCUUACGAUUACGGCUCUGUGAUGCACUACAGUAAGACGUCCUUCAACAUCGGCUCUGAGCCCACCAUCGUCACCAAGAUCCCCAACUUCAUGGAUGUGAUUGGUCAGAGGAUGGGGUUCAGUGCUAGUGACUUAACCAAACUCAACCAUCUCUACAACUGCACAAAGUCAUCUACCUUUGUGGACAGCUGUGACUUUGAGGAGGAGGACAUCUGUGGGAUGAUUGAAGGUCCAGGGAACGCAAAGUGGGAACAGCGUAGUUCUGUGAGUGGAGGGCCUCAGACCGACUUCACCAACAUGGGACAAUGCAAAGGGGAAGGCUACUUCAUGCACUUCAGCACAGCCUCUGCAGAACCCGGUGACCGGGCAUUCCUGGAGAGUCGCUGGCUUUACCCCAAACCUGGAGUGCAGUGUCUGCAGCUCUUCCUCCAUAACACUGGGGCUGCUGAUGACGUUCUCAAUAUCUGGGUGCGAGAGUAUGACAAGGCCAGCCCCAGCGGUAAACUGAGGCUUUUCAAGAGCAUCUCAGGAGGUGUCAUGGGCUCCUGGGAGCUGCAUAACGUCAAUCUGAACGUGACACAGAAGGCCCGUCUGGUUUUUGAGGGUGUGAGAGGAAAGGGCCCAUCCAAGGGCGGUUUCUCUCUGGAUGACAUUAAUCUGUCGUCCACAAAGUGCCCUCAGCAGAUCUGGCACAUCCGCAACAUCACCGGCUUGAUGGCCACCACACCAGCAGGAAAGAAACUGUACAGCCCUCGCUUUCUGUCUACAGCCGGUUACUCCUUCCAGGUAGGCGUAUACCCAAAUGGACGAAGCGACCGUCCAGGGUACAUGGCGCUAUACUUCCAUCUAACCUCAGGCCCCAACGAUCACAACCUCAAGUGGCCAUGUCCAUGGCAGCAGGCAACCAUGGCCCUGAUGGAUCAGCAGUCUGACAUCAGACAGCAAAUGAACAUGCACCGAAUGGUCACCACUGAGCCUGACAAGAUGUCCUCCGAUGGUACUGAAUACUACUGGGAUGAUCCCAGGAAAGUGGGCUCUAAAGUGACUGCGUCUGAUGGCAGCUAUUAUUAUCGAGGCCCUGGCACAGGAACAAGCUCCUUCAUCACCCACAGCAGACUGAGGAACAGAAAAUUCAUCAAAGGAGAUGAUGCCUUCUUCCUCUUCAGCCUGGAAGAUAUAUCCAACCUGCUGGCACCUCAGCCUCUGCCACACUCUGCGGUCCAUGCUGAUGGCAACCUGAUGAAGGCUGGAGGUGAAGAUGCUCCACAGACAGCUGCUAAUAACCCCACAGUGGUCACAGCUGUGGCAGCCUCUGUGGCAGCAGCCAUGUUGGUGGUUUCCAUGCUGAUUGUAGGGAAGAGCUGGAGGGUGAGGAUGAGGAGGAGAAGACAGCAGGAGAGUAACGAUGUGGUGAUCAUACAGGACAUGCCUGGAUUCAUGGAACACCCGACCAAAGAUUUACCCUGUCCUCUCACCACUCCAUAA